CUUGGACUGAUAGGCAAUGGAGGCAUUCAUAAAACAGUCGAUUUAAUCCACAACUUGUCUCUACCCCUUUAUCUAUGUGGGAUGGAGAUAUUAAAUUCAAAUGAAGUCAAAUCCCGAAAUAUCCUAUAUUUCCAACCAUUUAAUCUUCCUCUACUCAGUCGUAUCAGGUUUAAUACCCUCCACUAGGCAAAAAAGAAAGAAAAUAAAAUGGCUACAUACCUCAUCACCGGAUCCUCACGAGGCCUGGGCCUCGCUCUCGUAUCCCAACUACUCACUCUCCCAGUUGCCCAAGUCUCAUCCAUCUUCGCAACCUCCCGAGCAGCCCAGCCCAGCCUAAACCUGAAGCAGCUUAUCGAACAGUCCUCUGGACGCGCCUUCUACGUUCAACUCGACACAACCGACCCAACCAGCAUCAAGACAGCAGCACUAGAAGUCCAGCACCAGCUCCGAGGCCGAGGUCUGGACGUCCUAAUCAACAGCGCAGGUGUCCAACCGCUCACGAAAGGGGGCGUGGAAAACAUGGAAAACCUCACCGACGCAUUCAAGAUCAACGUAAACGCAGCCCACGAAGUAACCCGCGCAUUCCUUCCGCUCCUCCGAAAGGGGGACCGAAAGGUCAUCGCUAACAUAUCUACAACCCUCGGCUCGAUCAACAAGGCAUCGACCUUCACGGCUAAGUCCAGUCCAGCGUAUAAUAUUACCAAGGCUGCGUUGAAUAUGCUUACUGUGCAAUAUGCGCUUAAUCUUGAGAGUGAGCGAUUUACUGUUUUUUGUGUUAGUCCUGGGUGGUUGAGAACCGAUAUGGGCGGGGACAGGGCGGAUCUCCCAGUUGAGACGGGUGCCGAAGCCGUGCUGAAGAUCAUUCUUGAGGCAAACCAUGCGGAGACGAAUGGGAAGUUCUUGAAUAUUCAUGUGCCGGGGUGGGAACAUGCGAAUGGAUUUAAUCAGUAUGACGGGGAGGAGAUUCCUUGGUAGUUGGACACAUGGGGGAUUUGCACUCCACUAUGUGAAAACAUUAGGAUAGAAGUCAGAAGGAAUCUGUAGUCAAAAACGAAAGCUUGAUCGUAUACGGAGGCGUGCAGAAGGAGUGGUGAUGGCGUUGUGGAUCUGGAGGCAGUAUUUCAACAUGACAUCAUAC